UAUUUGUAAUAAAGAAAUCAUUUUCAAAGCAAAUAUUUGCAUCAUAAAAGAAUUUCUUAUUAAAAGUGAUUGUCUAACGUUUUGUUAUUGCUCCUGCAGAUUUUUUGGGUGAUUUAAUCAUUUAACAAUCUGAAUCUGAAGAAUCGAAAGGAUCAAUAAUCAAGAAUCAUGCCGCGCGGAAAGUACGUGAAUCACAAGGGUCGUUGUCGCCAGUUCACCCCCUCGGACAUUUUGCAGAUGGAGCUGGAGUGGAUUCGCCAGGACGACGAUGACGACUACGAGGUCGAGGUGAAGAGUCAGCUUUCCUUUGACUUGCAGGAGGAGGAGGAGGACGCCGAGGAGGAGGAGGAACCCUCCGUUGGAGUCCACAACCUCAUCGAGAUCUCCAAUCCGAAUCGCUUGCCGCGCCAGAAACCCAUGAAUCUGCUGAUUACGAUGACCGCCAGUAGGGAUCAGCCUUCGAAGGACCAAACUCAAAGGAGGCUGCGCGAAAGGAAGCAAUCUGAUCAUCGUCUGAGGAGCAAGGAAACGGUGGCCGACUUGGCCCGUUUGGCUUUGGUUCGCAAGGAGCGGGAGGCGGCUGCCCAGCGCCGUUUGGCCGCCAAAAAGGCAGCCGCCGAGGCCAUCGCCGCCUCCAAUUCGGAUUCCUCGAUGAAGAGGUCGAGUCCCAAGUCAUCCGAAGAUUCGGCGGAAGUCCUGGUUGUCCCAUCAAAACCCUACCAAAGGAAGAUCCGUUCUAGCCGAAAGAAGUAAAAGGCCCAACUAGUUAAUAACUAGUAAUCACACGAAGACCCAAACCAAAAUAACAUCAGAAAAAAAAGUUUGGAUUGAAACCCAUUCAUAAAAUCGAGUGAAAACGUCAGAAAUGAAUAGAAAAACGCCUCUUAACAGAGAAGCAAAAUUCCAAAACACAUAAACCCAAAAUCGACGAUAAAACCUGAAAAUCAAAUCAAGCAGGCGUCGAAAAUUCCAAAACUCGAAUUCUCAGUCUGGAAAAGAAGCAAUGAUCAAGGAUGUUUCUUCAUUUCGAUGUUGGUUUUCUCGAUUUUUACUAAUAAACAAGAAAACGCAAAAAAAUAAA